AUGGCUAUGGGAAGCUCCUUAUCACGUAUUGUGAGCAACAUCUUCAUUGAGAAUUUUGAGAAAUCGUCUCUUCAGUCGGCACAACAUAAACCAUCGCUGUGGCUCCGUUACAUUGAUGACACUUUUGUUGUCUGGCCUCAUGGUCCGGAGUGGUUACAGGAUUUCCUCAGCCACCUCAAUAGUUUAAGGCCGUCCAUUCAGUUCACUAUGGAAAUAGAGUCAGAGAGUGCGAUUGCCUUCCUUGAUGUUGUGGCCCUCAGGAGAGAGGCGACAGUUGCCACCAAAGUCUACAGGAAACCCACCCACACUUACCGAUACCUCAACUUCAACUCUAACCAUCCGCCGCUUGCGAAAAUGGGUUUAAUUCAGAGUCUGCACAACAGAGCUUCCACCGCAUGCCAAGAACUACAAGACCUGGUUAAAGAAAUCGGCAGCCCGAGAAGUGAUCUCCAGCUCAAUGGUUAUCCGUAA